UGUUGUUGGUGUUUUAGUGUUGUGUGGUUGAAACCUCGCCGACAGAUCAUAUUGUCGCCUCUUCAGAAUACGUAACGCGAGUUCAUAUAAAUCAUUGCUCCAAAGACGAUCACAGACGUGACUGUAUUUUCGAAAAGUCGCGGUGCAACGAUCUCGCAGGAUCCCGGAUGAUCUACAAGUGAUCCAAUAUGGCGUCGACCGAUCUGUUCGGCUGCAUACCGGCGUUCUACAGAGAAGUCUACGAGAAGAUCUGUUCUCCCACGAGUGGAAAUGUGGAGCGAGAGGUGUUUAAAUCCCUUCUUGUCAAGUCCCAGCUGAGCAGCGCCGUUCUCAGCCAGAUAUGGGAGUUAGUGGACAGCAAGACGGGUUACCUAACCAGAAGUGGAUUGUACAAGGGCCUUGCUCUAGUCGCGUUCGCUCAGCAAGCGAAGCAUCCGAGCGACAAACUUCUGGAGAAUUCUGAAUCUCAAGAAUUACCUGUUCCUGUACUGGGCGACCUCUCCGAGGUAACGCUUUUGGCGCAAAGGUUGCACAAAGGUAACAAUCCAGCCAAGUUGAAUCUUACUUACUCGGAUAUAUGCAAUCUAGACACGAUAGAAGUGAAUUUGGUGCCUGAGAAAAAAGGGAUUUUCUUGAAGCACGUGGAGUACCAAGUGACCAGCAAGAGAUUCGAUUCCGUCGUUUACAGACGUUACAACGAUUUCGUAUCGUUGCACGAGCUUCUCUUGGCAAGAUUUCCGUACAGGUUGAUACCCAAGUUACCACCGAAAAAGAUCGUAGGAGCGGACUCUCAAUUUCUGGAAGAAAGAAGACGAUCUCUUCUGAGAUUCCUCACGGUGAUCGCCCGUCAUCCGGUGGUGAGCAUGGACCACAUCGUGCAGUUUUUCUUCAACUACACCGGCGAGGAAACGCAACACAAGAUUCGCGAAGUAUUCAGGCGAGUACCUGACGAAUUCGCUACCUCAGAGCUGUCGUCGAGGGCGAAGGAACUGGUACCGCCAGAGACGUUGACAGAAUUCGCAAACAGUCGCGAUCAAAUCAGAGUGAUACUCCUCGGAAUCUCUAGAUUGAAAAAUAUCGCUGAUUGUCUAGCAAUCAGAUCGCACAGCUAUGCCGUGGAUAUGGCAGAAUUGGGCACGCAAUUAAGCAAUCUGGCGUCGGAACCUCAUGUUACCACUGCUUGGGCAACAGGUGGUUCCACCAUUUGGCAAGAGAUGAAAAAGGGUUUCCAUAUCAUUUCGAAAGAAUUCAAUCUACUCUCAACGAGAGCCCGUCAACAGGCGGUCAGGGAGGAGACGAUGGUAUGUGAGAGGCUGAAUCUCCUCCUGGACGUGCUAGUGGCGCACAGAAUCCUGUGCGAGAGGCACGAGCGCGGAGUAAGCGCCGAUCAUCAGCGUGCAUUGUCUACGAUGCUAUCUUUAAAGAAGCGGCAAAUGCAAGGAGUGAUUCGCGGGACUGAUAGUGAUACAGUUGAGUACCUGGAGAACAAAAUGGUCGCUCAAGAAUCGGUGAUUGCUAAUGUCGAGUUACGAAAUUGUUUCUCAUUGCACUGUUUACACAUGGAGACGCAACUUGUUCACGCGCAUUUAGAGAUACUUGCCACGGUUCUUCAGAGUCUGGUGAAUGUCCAAAUUCGCGGCCAUUCUGAGCUCGCCGAAGUGUGGAAGUUGAUAGAGCCAACGAUCAUGAAGUGUUUACCAGAAAAAUCGACCAGCGGAUCGAACGGAAUUUCAUAACGAGAAGAACGCUUCGUUUUAUAACAGAAAUUUUUGUGCUAUGCAUGUUUAGUAUUCAAUUUUGACAAGUGAUGUGCAAGGUAAGUCUCAUUGUUACAAAGUGGUUGUUAAAAAAAAAAAAAAGAGAGAUUCGCGAGAUAAUUUUAACGUACCAUUGU